AUAUUCUGUACCUGUAACAUUUUCUGCCAACUUCCAACAUUCGGCCUCGACGACGAAGGCUAAAAAGCGGAUUGACACCGGCCGCUCCAACAGCUUUCUCAAUAUUGGAUUAUUGAUGAAUGGCGAUGGAUCCCUUCUUUGAUGUGCUCCACGAUGAAAAGUCAAACGCGGUUACCGCCACAUCGUCGCCUCCCUUGGGCUCUGUGUGUAGGAUAUAAAUCGACUGAGGAAUACUAAAUAGUUUCAAUAUCUCGCUCUCAGAUUAAUUUAAUCUUUUCCUAUAUAUCCGAUUGAUAAACUAAGAACAAAGAUGUACAAGACAUUCACUACCCUUCCACCGAAGGAAACCAUACGUUCACCAAAUGUUCCAAAGACCCCCUUCGCUUCCCCCUUCGCAACAAACCACGCCGCUCCAGGCAAAGGGGAGGUUGUCCUCUCUGUACUCCCGCCUUGUGUUACAACCAUCUCGCAGCUGUCUUAUCAAUACCCUCUAAAGAUUCUUAACCGGACUCCCGCAACACCCCUCAAUUCCAAAUAUCCGGAAUGUGCAUCCAUCCCCGUCCAUCUCUACCUGCUCACUUAUGGCGGUGGGUUGCUUCCCGGUGACCACAUCGAUGUCUCGAUCACCCUGCUACCGCGCACGAGAUUGGUGAUGACAACCCCGCAAGGAAGCACGAAGAUAUAUAAGACAGAACGGACGAGGGCGUCGGACGGAGGCGGCCAGCCCGUCAUCCAAAACCUCAGCGCCAACCAACAGUGGCAUGCAGAUGGCGAUGCCAGAGGCGUUAAUAUUGAAUAUUUAGAGCGCGAUAGAGACUCUUCACGAUCCAAAAGUAGUCAGAUACUGGAUGUGAAACUGAGCAACCAGACCGGUCUCUGCUAUAUCCCUGACCCGUCACAGCCGUUCCAAGAUAGCCAGUAUGAGCAGCUACUGCGCUUCACGCUUCUACAGGACAAGCCUUCGGGGGACUCGAAUGCCGAAAACAACUACGGACCAAGUCUUUGUGUCCUCGACUGGGUCAGCCAAGGCCGGUCAGCGCGUGGUGAAGACUGGAACUUCAACUCCUGGAAGGGGCGGAGCGAAGUCUGGUCCGAGGACCCGUCCACGGGCGAACGCAAACUGCUCCUCCGCGACACCGUCGUCCUGGAAGACGAAACAAGAUACGUAGAGGAUGAAGAGGGGAAUUUAGUACCUCUUCCCAACCUGGAUUUUCAUCCAAUACCACCACCGCAACCAUCAUCCGCAUCCCAACUCCAACCACCCUACGACACCUCCCUCACCCCUUCACCCCUCUCUAUCCAAGCACGCACACGCCCGCACGGGAUCGUGGGAACCCUAAUCCUCCACGGACCCCUCUUCGAUUCCCUCGCCUCCUUCAUGAUGAAAGAAUUCUCCUCAUUACCACGUAUUGGCGGGCGAAAUUGGGCUGCAUCGAAUGCUGCUACUACUACGUCUACCGUCAGCGGCACAGCCUCCGAGCCGCCCCCCGUAACAUGGACGGCGUCGCGCGUGCGAUCAAAUUUCGUUCUUGUGAAGUUUGGAGCGAAGGAUUUUGAGAGCGCGAAAGAGUGGUUGGGGGAGUUGGUGAGGAGGGAAGGGAGCCUGGUGGGGGAGUUUGGGACGGAGGCAGUGGGUUGUUUGUAAUUUUUUUUUUUUUUCGUCGAAUGUUUCGACCAUGCAAAAAGUGGCUAUGCGGAGAAUUAUCCAUCGCCUUCGUUUCUUCGUCUGUAUAUAUUUCAAGCAGGCCUUGUUGCAUAAACAGGAUUAGCCAAAACCAGCGCGAGACGCAAGAAAAUUAACACGUGGGCAACUAUUUGCUCACAUGUUCUAUAGAACAAUUCGGGUCAUAACCAAAGACCAAAGCCCCCCUAGGUUGCACUUACAGUCGAAAUGGGAAAACUCUAUGCAAGUUAAGCGGUCAUAUAUCCAAUGUAGAGUUCAUGAGGCCACCAUCCCAUGAAGCGCCAAACAUGAGAGAACAUAAAAUCUAAUCCAAGGUUGCAUACCACUAGUAUAUAAGUACUAGGUAGGGGGAGCAAAAUGAAGAGACCGAUAUCUCGCAGACCCACAUUCCGGAUAUCAAAAUCAUAAUGAACGAACCCAAACGCCCUCAACCCAGUUAAUCAAAAUCCAAAAAAGGAAAACAAAAGGAGCAGAAAAUCCCCUAUGUAGUACAAGUAUAGCCAAGAGUUCGUCUAUCCAGAUCUAAUAAGAGCGCGCACAAAAUGCUCACAAGCAUCCAAGAAAGCGAGGAUUAAGGAACCAACGCAACCAAAACCAAACCCCCAACUAUUUAUUUGACAUUCGUCAUUGCAACAACGUACUCUCGCCCCAAUCCAUUUUCGCCGCGCUUCUCAAAUCGUCGACGUUCAAAAUAUCCACGCCUUCCCUAAUCAGCACAGUCCAGAGGUAAUUCCGCAAGCUACGCGGCCAACUAGGAGUGGACCAGUAGCGCACUUUAAGACCACGUUGGUGUGCACCGCGCACCUGGGCUCUGAGCAGGUCUAGCUGGCUGUGGCUGAGGCGAAAACUCCAGGGGAAUCCGAUAGACUUUCUGAAUGAGACGGAAGCAUAGUAGCUGUUCUUGGGAUUGUAGACAUAUGGGUUGGAUCCUUCUUCGUUUCUGUGGACUCUAGUGGGAGAGGCGUCUACGGGUCGGGGCUCAUAUCGUUUUGGAGUUUUAUUCUGUUGAUUGCGGCGGGACCUAACGAUAUCCAACUCGUCGACUUCGAGCUCCUCAUCGUCGAGAAUGCCUAGGUUUGAGGAUUGUUGCGCACUUCCUAUGAUCGCAUCCUUCGCCAGCUUAUCGAGUGGGGCGUCGAAAAAGACAUCUCUAUAUGUAUCAUUGGCGGUAAUGUUUUCAAAAUGCGCUUUUCCUGUCGCAACUACUGUUACUGGGCCUUCGGUCACACUUGUUCCAUUGAAAUAAGUAAGAUACCCCCGAUCACGCAGUGGGGACAGUUGAGAAAGGAGAUAUGGCCAAGCAUCGGCUCCUUUGUUCUUGAAAUCGAUGAGCAGGACGAGGGUCUGCGAGGGCUUUGUAUCAAAAACACCAUUUGGUGGUUUAUUGGGAUUCGGAUGGAAAUGAGCAAUAGGGUUCUGCUUUUCUAAGAUCUCAACAAGGGGGUCGAUAUACAUCUUCGUCAAAGUCUUAUCCGGAGCGAGAGACCCUGUGGUAUGGCCCACGAAGAGAUCGCCAUCGAAGAGCCAGAUGUCUGCCUCUACACUGAUGCAGCCGGCCUCAAGGGCAGAAAACAAUGGCGCAUGAGAAAGAUACUCGCCUGGCUGGCCGGGUCGACCUGAGCGAGCAAUAGCCCUCUCGAUAUCACUGGGGAAGAAGGAUACGAAGGCCCCCAGGGUCAGAGCGACAAAUUGGACCAGUCCUCUAUUGUUGGUGCCAGUGUCAGCCAUAUUCAGUGCCUUUGUCCACUUUCGCCAGCGUCUGGUUCUCAACAGACGCAUCAAGCGGGGUUCGUAACAGAUAGGGAAAGAAUAAAUGUUUCUAGAGUGACCAAGGGAUUAAAUGAUAGGGGAGAUGUAUGUAUUUCACUAAACAAGCGGGAGGGGAAACACCAACAGCACAGUCAAACAGCCCACGAUGCAAUACAGCAGCAGGCGCCCCGUCCUCCGCCGCCCUUUCCUCGGCGAUUUGGCGGAUUUGCUACAACAAGCAAGGCAGGAAGCGUGCAGAGAACGGUUUCGCUUGUUCAUUGAAGGCUUGUGUAGUUGCGGUGAUGCAUAGCCAUCAUCAUCAUCGUCGUCGUCGACGUCUUUAUAUUCAUCUUCAUCGUCACGAUCAUGGUACAGCUCCGAGCCUCUUUCCACCAGCUCGAGAGGCACGACGGCUUCCAUCUUCCCGCCCGCCCUCCCGCCGUAGGAGGUCAAGCUCGAGUCGACAGUGGAUGAAAGUGUAACAGUAGCCAGUAGUAGUGUCUAGGGUGAUGAUAAUAGACAGUGGUAACGGCAGGAUAAUGGCAUCAAUAAUCUCCACAGACUAGCGGCGAGAAAAUAGAUGCUAGGUCUCCUUUUCUAUAAUAUAUAAAACUCUCCAACAAAUAUAAAAUAUAGCC